CUUUAAUUCUGGUUCAGAGAUCGUCUGAUACAAUUGUCCUUGUCAACACUCAAAAGAUAUAACAACUGAGAUGGAGAACAAACGCAACGUGCCAGAGAAGUCUCGUUGUUUUCAUUUACUUUUCAUCGCAUCGUUUUGUUGUCUGUCAUCAUCGCUUUCAAAGGCAGCAAGUACUACAGACAAUUCAAAAGCUGUAUUGAGCGUUGGAGACCGUUUUCUUUGCGCUGAAAACAAUAAAGACAUAACCGUUCGCUGUACAUUACAAUCUACAAAUGUAAACAUUACUCAUAUACCCCGAACGUGGCAUUUGACUUGGUGUAUCAAAGGGCAAAAUGUUGACCUAAACUCUUCGAUCUUCGCUCGAAAUAAUACAAUGUCAAUUAAAUUAAUCUCCAAUUUGACCGUUGCUGUCAACUGGCCGAAUGAGAAAGUCUUCACAUGUUUUGGAAGUUUCAAAGAAGGAAAUAUACUACGUCCAAAACUGAAUAUCUCGUUAACAGUAAGCGGUAGAAAGCCUACGGAAACACAAGUUCAAGGCAUCCGUUUUAUAGACAAAAGCGUUUAUAAAAGUGUCGAGGUUUACUGGAAACAAAGCGAGAAUCUUGACGAUACGUACAGUGUUCAAUAUGAAGUCGAUGACGAAGAUUUGGUGAUUAGAAAUAGAAUGCUAACAAUAGGCAACGAUAAAAUUGAGUGUUCUGAUCGAAAGCACAAUAUUUACCGAGUACCAAACACAACAGGACGAAUAUGCUGGGUGUCUAUUAAUAAAAAACAACACCCCGAAUCAGUAGAAAACAGGAUUAGAAUAAUUACGAAAAGAGGAAAAUGUGAAACGGAGGGGCCGGUGAGAAAAUUCAUGUUGAUAAGCUACUAUGAUAAUCAAGACAAUAGUUUGGAUGAGAGUUAUAUUGAAUUAAUACCCCCUACGGUUAGCGAGUUCGAGAUCCAUGUUGCAAAGCAAAAGGUUUCCAUGACGUGGAAUCGUUCAAAUUCAAAGCGUGCUUCUUUUCUCAAAAGAUUUUAUCAUCUCGAGUAUACUUGCCCAGAAUUAGGGGUGAAAAACGAGACUGAAGUGGAAGAGAAAAACGAAUUAAUUAUGCACGGUAGUGAUUUCACUGUUUACAGACCGCACGCGAUUUGUCACUUUUGCAUCCAAGUCCGUCUAGAAGAUUCUAAGGUUUUUUCGGAGCCAAGUUGUCGUUCAGCGAGACUGCACGAGGAACGACCGAGCGAACCGCCGAGGAUAACCUGUGAUGCCGAUUGUGCGACGAGCAACGACGGGCGUUUCCGUAUCGUGACAGUCACGUGGUCUCUACCUGCGCGCAAGACCUGGAACGGCAUUUUGACGAACGUGGCGAUGAGUUAUCGUCGCGCAGACAAUAUCUCCAGAAAUGACGGCGUUGUCGAACAGAACGUCAGUGAAGGAUUCACGACACUUCCAAAGUUGGAGCGAAAUAAGAGUUACGUGGUGCAAACGGCCCUUUGUAAUAGGGAAGGCUGCAGCGAGUUUGGCAGACCUGCAACAUUAACUGCCUCACUGGAACAAAAUACGGCAAAGGAUAGUGUUAAAUCGAGUAAUCACGCCAACUCUUCGGUCUCCAUUAGAAUAGCAUUGGUGGCCACAGGGUCCGUUUUCUUGGUAGUUAUCUUUAGUAUGCUUGGGUUGGUUUGGCAAAGGGGAAAUAGCGCUAAUCCACUGGCACGCCCUCCCGAUUUACAGGAACCCGAGGAAUAUGUCAGCAUGAGCGGGAGCGGUGAUCAGACAACCGAUAGAGAAUACGAUGAUCUCAGCGACGGCGUAUUGAUUGAACAAGGCGAGAGAAAUGAGGCUUACGAAUUACAGGUGACAAGCUUCUGAAGGCGCAAUUUCUUGACACCGUUCUACGUUCAGGCACGGUCCCUAAUUCGUCCGGCGCCUUGUGAACUAGCCUGAGCUCGCAAGAUGUUGUGUUUCAUCGUAUACAAUAAACUGUUUCUCCCAAGUAACUGACAUUCCGAAGUAAGACACGGGAUAGGUUUUUUGACGAGUUCCGUAGAAAGUAUAUGUUUUCAGCUUGAUCUUAACUUUUGUAUAAAGUAGUUUUGUCGAUUUUGUUAGUUUUGUUGACUUUGUACAACGCAGGUAUUUAUGUAGAUAGGUAGGAACUGAUAAAGAACUUGAUGUAAAUGAUGAUAAUUACAUCAGAUUAUUAGGUAUAAGGUAUUAUUUAUCGCAGUAGUCUUUAGCUAGGUUUAAAUUACAAAGAAAAUUGUGAAGGUUUGUGCUUGUAUAAAAAAAUCAAACGAAAAAAGAAGUGUAAUAUAUAACGCUGAGUGACUAUCUUAACUUUUGCAUAAAGUAGUUAAAUGCUCUUGCAAUUGCCGAUUUUGUUAGUUGUGUUGACUUUGUACAUAGGCAGGUAUUUUUGUAGAUAGGAACUGAUAAAGAACCUGAUGUGAAUGAAUGAUAUUUACAUCAGAUUAUUAGGCGACCGAGUUAUCGUUCCAGUUCACAUAUAGAGCACUUCGCCAGACGAAUAUUAGUAAAAACCUAAUACAUUUAAUAGGAGAACUGUCUAAAGAAAUUGAUAAAAUGGGUUUUGUGUUAAAGAUGAAGUCCACUGAGCCCAAUUAUAUAAUAAUACUUUUUUCUUAAA